AUGCCUCUUUUUGGUUUCCCUCCCUCACCUGGUCGACAUUCGGAAGAACAUUAUGUCACCAAAGAAUCUGGUGCAACUGUUGAAAUCAGUUGCAAUAGACGUACGAACAAAAGUGCCAUUCAUCCUGUCCGUCCUAGCAAUUGUGUGCGGGAUCGCUUCCUUCGCGCUAAUCAUCAUCCUGGUGAUUCGAGGACGAAUCCAUCGAUUUCGGAACAACGCUCAGAAGACAUUGCAAAUGACCAGAUUAGGUGA